AUGAGUGAUCUAGACAGGGCGAUCGCGCAGCUUCGCGCUUGUCGUUUGAUCCCCGAGUCUCAAGUCCGCGAACUCUGCUACAAAGCUCGAGAGAUCUUGAUAGAAGAAGGGAACGUUGUUUCUGUGGAUGCUCCAGUCACAAUAUGCGGAGAUAUACAUGGCCAGUUCCAUGAUCUGAUGGAACUGUUCCGCGUCGGAGGCGAUGUUCCCGACACCAACUAUCUCUUCAUGGGUGACUUCGUCGAUCGCGGGUUCUAUUCUCUCGAGUCAUUUCUCCUUCUCCUCUGUCUCAAAGUUCGCUAUCCUGAUCGCAUCACGUUGAUCCGCGGAAAUCACGAAUCUCGCCAGAUCACAACCGUCUACGGCUUCUACGACGAAUGCAUUCGCAAAUAUGGCAGCGCCAAUGUGUGGCGGUAUUGCUGCGAGGUGUUUGAUUACCUGGCGCUGGGCGCACUCGUACUUGGGGCCAGCUCAGAACUGGAACCGACCGGCUCAACGAUGAACGACACCACCCAAUCCACGAUGCCGAUUGAUGACGCGGAAUUGGAGACGGAAGUACUCAACUCGAGAGGAGAGGUCACAAUGAGCACCUACAGACGGCGACAACGAUCUUCUUCGGACGCGUCGACUGAUUCCAGAAACCUCUCCCCACCACGGGAUAUCUCCGCUGUGCCUGGCCAGGCUCCCGCCAGAUCCGGCGCACCGGGUGCUGGGGCUUCGGGCAACGGAGCCGGUAGCCACAACAGUCGGACCGGCGCUGUGCUCUGCGUGCACGGCGGCCUUUCGCCGCUGAUAGAUACAGUGGAUAAGAUUCGCCUGAUUGACAGAAAACAAGAGGUUCCGCAUGAGGGCGCCAUGUGCGACUUGCUCUGGUCGGACCCGGACGAAAUCGAAGGAUGGGGAUUGAGUCCGCGUGGUGCUGGCUUUUUGUUCGGUGGAGACAUCGUGAAGCAGUUCAACUACAAGAAUGAUUUGUCCCUGGUCGCUAGAGCUCACCAGCUCGUCAUGGAGGGCUACAAGGAGAUGUUUGACGGCGGGAUCGUCACAGUCUGGUCAGCCCCUAACUACUGCUACCGAUGUGGCAAUGUGGCCGCAAUACUUGAGCUCGGCGAGGAUACAAGUAACGGGGGUACGAUUGCUAGAAGCAACGGUGAUUAUGGGCGGAGUAAUGGGGUCUCAGGCGCAGACGGCGGCGGUUCAGGGGUCGUCAGUCCCGGUAGAAGGUACAGAGUGUUUGAGGCCGCUGCGCAGGACACGAGGGGCAUGCCUGCGAAGAAACCUGUUGCUGAUUAUUUCCUGGUGAGUUUUCCCGCCUUUCCCCUGAGACACGCUGAGUUUAUUAACAAUGCGCAGUGA